CUCAAGGAAAAUGGAGAAGAAGAAAAUAGGGCAUGGCAAGCGAUAACGAGCCUGCAAAGCUACUCUUACCGUACCUUCAACGAGCCGAUGAACUUCAAAAGCACGAGCCUCUUGUUGCUUAUUACUGUCGGUUAUAUGCAAUGGAAAAAGGAUUGAAGAUACCCAAUAACGAGAGAACCAAAACCACCAAUGCUCUUCUUGUUUCUCUCAUGAACCAGCUUGAAAAGGAUAAGAAAACAGUGAAGUUGGGACCUGAAGAUAAUUUGCAUCUAGAGGGAUUUGCCUUGAAUGUUUUUUCAAAGGCAGACAAACAAGAUCGGGCCGGACGAGCAGACUUGAAUGCGGCAAAGACAUUUUACGCAGCGAGCAUUUUCUUUGAUAUUAUAAACCAAUUUGGCCCUCUUCAGCCUGAUCUUGAGCAGAAACAGAAGUAUGCAGUUUGGAAAGCAGCAGAUAUUAGGAAAGCUAUAAAAGAAGGUAGGAAGCCCGUCGCUGGCCCUCCUAAUGGUGAUGAAGAUUUGUCGAUUCCAUCUGGUACACCUCAUGGUGCACAUGAUUUUGGGCCACAUGAUCCUGCUGCUACCAUUCCUCAUCAAAGUUCCGAUCCAUUUCCUCGGUUCCAUGAAGCAAAUAACCUGCAUUCUAGUGAUAUUCCACCACCACCUCAUUUCCAUGAAGCAAAUAACCAGCAUUCUAGUAAUAUUCCACCAUCACCUCAGUUCCAUGAUAAGAUUGACUGCCAGCAUUCAAAUAUUUCAUCAGCACCUCAUUCAUUUCCUUCUGCCAAUUACCCUUCUCACGACCAAUCCUUCCCGCAAGAACUCCAACGAGACUUCCAUCCCUCGUUUCCUGGAAACAUAUCUGAAAAUCCCACAUACCCUCAAUCAUACAACUAUCAAACCUAUCAACAAGAUCAACCACCACAUUUUCCAGUUGGUUACCAAUCCCACGAAGCUCCCUCGUAUUCAUACCCUAAUUUUCAGUCAUAUCCAAGUUUCUCUGAAAGUAGUUUACCUGCUGUCCCGUCUCACUAUCCUUCUUUCUAUCAAGGCUCCGAGACUCCUUAUAGUCCCCCCGCAGCUCCUCUGGCAACAAACUAUCCGUCAAAAGCUCAAUACUCUUCGAGUGGCAGAAACGGGAAAAUCUCAGAACCUUUACCAACUACUUCUCAAAAAUACCAAUAUGACAGCAAUUAUCAACCACCACCAGAGAAAAUUGCUGAGGCACACAAGGCGGCUCGGUUCGCUGUUGGCGCCUUGGCAUUCGAUGACGUGUCGACUGCAGUAGAGCACUUAAAAAAAUCACUUGAAUUGCUGACUAAUCCAUCAGCCAGUCAGUAAGUUUGUUACAAUGGCUUCCUUUUGAAUCCUAUGGCUUUGAUUGUAAAGUUUUUUUAUUGAGUUUGGAAAUUAUGAACUGUUAUUUGACUUGUAAUUUUCAUUUGAGAA